ACUCAAUCUUAUUCUCCAUUUUCAGUACCUAGAUCCAGCAAUGAGUGAGUUGCAAAAGCCUAUGACCUGGGUAGCAUUUUCACAUUCUUGCAUUUUCAAACAAAAUAUCUUACUCAGCGUGGCUAAGCAGAUACCUUCCCCUUUUUGUUCAGAUAAAUUAGAAUAGUUUGUGAAAGAUUUCACUUGACUUUUCUGUCUCAAAGCAUAUAUGUGGUGUGAACUCCUUUGGAAGAAGGGUAGAGUGAAUGUUAAAAUGCUGGUCAGGAGUUACUCUUGCAGAAUUAACCAGUAUGGUUAAAUUGCAUCACUGCCUACUCUUUCUUCAUCGCCUGAAGCUACUUCCUUUAAGGAACAUGUGGUUGUGCCACAGUAUUUCACAAUGCCAGCAUGUGCUGAAGAGUUAUUUCCUUGUACUACUUUUAAAACUUGAAAGGAAUGAGAAAAGUGGCAGGUAACCCUCUGGCCGUAGCAGAACGUAGGCAUGCUUUCUUAAUUGUGUCACGAGCACUGUAUAGUUGAUUUCUAAUACAUUAACUUCACAUUGUCUUCCCUGAAUUUUCAAGUCCUACAGAAGUGACAAUAGAAUGAGAAGAAGCACAACUUUCUCCACUGUCAGUUUCCCUUUUUAUAUCUUUCUAAUAUAAACCAGUGGGUCCCAGAUAACAAGGGUGGAGCCCUCUUUGGUCCCCUGCACAGUUGAGAGGCAAUGUGGAGGGCAGGCCAGGUGCUUCAAAAAGAAUGAAAAACCAAUGACCAGCCAUUUUGGGCUUGCUCCUGCAGUAAGGUUUAGCUUUAUCCCAAGCUUGUUAUGAAAAUUCUUCAAGACAGCCUGCUCAGGGUUGUUAAGAGUACAAGGAAACUACUGCAUUACUCUUCUAGAUCUCCUCUGGGUAAACUGGUGGCUGUAGGACUUGCUUGUAUAAGAUCUGCUUUAAAGAGGGUCCUCUAUAGGGCCAGGAUGAAGCCCAUAGCAUUUAUCAUAAUAGAGGUUGAGCUUGAUGUGGCCACAUUUCUGAACUCUAGCUAACCCUACAGGAAUACACAGGGUACCUGGUAUCAGUCAACCUAUAAAACUGACAACCAGUAGGAAAAGCUGUAUACCUAAGUACUAUAACAUAUGGAUCCUGUCGUCUUUGACUGCCAGUGAGGGUGAUUGGUAGUGGUAGUAGCUUUGCAAUGCAGGUACCUCUUCACUGGGAACUGGACUGUGCUCAUUAAAGUAGCUGAGAUACAUAGGUGGAUCCUGGGGCAAAUUUGUGCUGUGAUGGCCUGGGCUGCAUCAGUCUCGGGGUGAAUAAAAAGGUAAAUAAAAAUGAUUUUUGAAUUUUUUUUUAAAUCCAUUUAAAAUUAAAUUUGAAAUUAACCUAUGAUAAGGCCUAAACUUACUAUAGUCUGUUAAAACUAUUUAAAUUAAAUACACAAAUAUUUAGCUGCCAAUUUUAGAAAGUCAAAUCACUGAACUGCUGGAAGCGAAACACCUGGAACCAGAGUUUGUUGAAGUGCUAAAUCAACUUCUGACAGCCAUAGCCUCUCCUGCAGGUGCAGAGAGAGAGUUUUCUUCAUUUCAAUGUAUUCAACUAGUUCAGUUCAAUGACUAGAUCAUUCAAAGUUAGAAACCAAUUGGGAGUUGAAAAAGCUUGUUUUUCUCUCCCAAUCUAUGGGGAAAAAACUAGAUAUAAGAGGAUGAGAUCUACUAGAUCUAAAAUCUUGAAGGAUGUGAUGACCAGAAACCAUCAGUUCAAUUCACUAAUUACAGAUACUUCUUUUGCACUUAAAACUCAUUUAUUAAACAAUGUUUUAAUAAACAUUUUUCUUAUGUAUCCAGCACAUUUAAGGUAGUUUUAUUAAUUUUUUUUGAAAAAUGCUGUUUUAAUGCUGUUGUCCAUUUUAAAUUGAAUUUGAAUAUUCAUACAAACCACUAGAAAGAUUAUGAAAAAUUUAACUUAAAUGUUAAAUUUAAUAAAUAAGAAUCUGAAUAAAUGUACAUUAAGCUUAUAGUAUCUUAAAUCUAUUGUAUUCUCCUAGUUAACAAAAAGAAGCACCAGUUUAGUAUAAAGGCUAUAUUUAGUUGAAAAUCAACUUGUUUCAAGGAUUACCAACCACUGAGAAUCAACCUUUCCUAAGGAAAAUAACUAAAGUACAAAAGCAAAACAUGAUUAAAACUGAUGAUUUAAAUCAUGAGUAAAAUAGCUUUUAUUUAAAUCAAUUCACCCUGAUCAGACCUAGAGAGAAACAGUUUGACUUCAGCCUCCCAGAGCUAUCUGACCAGCAUUACAUUCACUUUGAAAUCUAAAAGUAAUUAGAUAACAAGGGUAAACGGCUCCUCUCCCCUAUUCAUUUUCAAUUUUUCCUAAUAAAUAAGACUUGGCAUCUGCCAUAAGUGUGGCUGGAUAACACAGAAGGGCCCUGCACAAAGCCCGUGAUUGUGUUCCAAUUGAAUACCUUCAGCUGACUCACAAGGGGAGGCAGGAAGAGCAUCUUUACGCCAGUGACAGUGUCUCUCCACGGUAUCUGUUUUGCCCCCAUUUACUGGAUCUAAAGUUUCAGCCUCCACGUGGGUUUCUCUGAGCUGAGAGGCUGGGUUAGGGAUUUUAUUUGGCUGUGAUGGACACAUCCUUCAUUUCCAGCUGCAUUCAGAGGGUUCUGAUCAUGCACAAUCUGUACAUUAUCAGGAGACGGAGCCGCAGGAGCAAGGACUGCGUCUAGAGUGGGAGGAUGGAGGAAGAAAGCAGUGCUGGCAACGCUACCUCUGCAGAGAGAAGACCUCUGGCAGAAUCCAAAACUCCUUCCAGGAUACUUUGGGUUAUCUUGUCUGUAAUCUUGUUUUUCGCCAUUGUUGGCAUCAGUGUGGUGGUAAUUUUCAGCUUUACCCGUCGGACUACCAAGCCUGUUUUGCAGAUUGUGCGGCUAACGUUUCAGAAUCACCAGGGCUCCCAGACGAAUCAGUCGGCCUUUGUUGACAAGACCAAGAAUACUGUUACUUAUCACGUAACUUCGCCAAGUAACCACACAACGGUGGUCUUGUUUGACAGCAAGAAUGGCUAUGUCUGCUAUAAACCCGCAAAUCAAAAUGCAUGUUACCUGCGGAAGAUGGAUGAUUGGGAUCUUGAGAACGUGCAGAUAUCUUUCAAUCUGUCUGAGCACAGGGUCAAUCAGCUGCUGCUUCAGAAUAAUCAAACCAAGUACUACAGAGAGUUCCUGGGGAUCUUGCCAGGGAGACAAGCAAAUGCCGGAAGCCUGGGGGAAGCCAUCCAAACCCUGUGUGAGCAGACUUUCAUCUACUGGGUCAGAAAAGGGGAUGGCCCUGGGAAGAAGCGGCUCAUUUACCUAUGCAUUGACAUCUGUUUUCCAAGCAACAUUUGCUUGUCUGUCUGCUUUUAUUACCUUCCUGAUUAAGCCCUGCUCCAAAGGGACUGACUCCCCCUGCUACUUCUCUUUGUACUUGAAUUUAAAUCCUGAAAAGCCUCUAACUUAAAUAAGUUAAUGUCUAAGUUAUUCAGAUAACUUCCAUAUGAAAGGCUCCAACCCUGAUUUCAUGAUGCAAUUUGAGAGGUUGGGAAAGUGACAGAAGGGAUCAAAUUAAACAGGACUAUUUCCAAAAGCAUGUUGCAA